AGCGCCCGCGAGAGCAGCCGGGGCCAGGUCACCACUUGCCUCCCCAAGGGACCAGGGUCGUCAGCUCCUCCACGCUCCGGGGUGUAGAAAAUAUCCAGGUAGCAGCUGCAGUUCUACCUUUGGUUUGGCUGCCAUGCAUCCUAGGAGAACUAGUGGUAAAGGGCCCUCCACUCCCAUGCAAAUUGACCAGCAACCUCCACGGCUUCUCAUUGUGCACAUUGCUCUGCCAUCCUGGGCUGACAUCUGCUCCAACCUGUGUGAGGCACUGCAGAACUUUUUCUCUCUAGCCUGCAGCUUGAUGGGCCCCAGCCGUAUGUCUUUGUUCAGUUUAUACAUGGUGCAAAAUCAGCACGAGUGCAUCCUCCCUUUUGUGCAAGUAAAAGGGAACUUUGCUAGAUUGCAGGCCUGCAUCUCAGAGCUCCGCAUGUUACAGAGAGAGGGUUGUUUCAGACCACAAAGCACUUCUCUCCGGCUAGCAGUAGAGGAUGGGCUCCAGCAGUUCAAACAGUACAUCAGACAUGUGACCACAAGUGCAGCUCUGACCUAUACUUCCCUGGAGAUUACUGUUCUGACUUCUCAGCCUGGAAAAGAGGUGGUCAAACAACUGGAGGAAGGGUUAAAAGACAUAGACCUAGUCAGAGUCAGGAGGCUUCAGGUUGUUGAAGUCACAAAGGGAAUCCUAGAGUAUAUGGCCUCAGCCUCUCCUGCUGAAGAUUCCAGCAACGAUGAGAGUUCUAUCCUGGGAACUGACAUCGACCUUCAGACUAUAGACAAUGAUACUGUCAGCAUGGAGAUUUUCUUCAAAGCCUGGCUGCAUAACAAUGGAACAGACCAAGAACAUAUCCACCUUCUUCUUCCUUCACGAUGUUUCAGCAACAUUUCCAGAGCCACAGAUAAUCCAAUGUGCCUAAAAUGUGAUCUCCAAGAACGAAUGCUCAGCCCCUCAUUGCUCCCUGGCACAACUGAUGGCACCUUGAGAAUGGACGACCCCAAAGGAGACUGCAGCACACUCUACCAGAUGGCUUCCCAGUCCUCAGCCUCUCGUUACAAGCUCCAAGUGAUCAAGGCUCUAAAAUCUAGCGGGGUCUGUGAGUCGUUGACUUACGGACUCCCAUUCAUCCUCAGACCCACAAGCUGUUGGCAGCUGGACUGGGAUGAGCUAGAAACAAACCAGCAACAUUUCCAUGCUUUGUGUCACAGCCUAUUGAAAAGAGAAUGGUUGCUUUUGGCCAAAGGGGAGCCCCUGAGCCCAGGAUCCAGCCAGAGAACCCCCGCCAGCACCUUCUAUGUGAUCAUGCCGUCCUGCUCCCUCACACUGCUGGUGAAGGCAGUGGCUACACGGGAACUGAUACUGCCCAGUGCUUUCCCACUGCUAACCGAGGACCCACCUGAUGACAGCCUCAAGACUGUGGAGAGCCUGCUAGACAGCCUGGAGCUGGAGCCCACCUACAACCCCUUGCAGGUUUGGAGCCACCUGUAUUCAUAUCUGAGUAGCACCUUUGUCAAGCCUCAGCAGCGGCUCCACCCAAGCUGGGAGAACAGAGCCCAGAGAAAGGGUGGGCAGCUGCAGACCAAUCGAGUUCGAGCCACAGUGGCCCCCCUGCCUAUGACUUCUGCCCCAGGAAGAGCCCCGAAGAUGCCAGCAGCCAGCAAAGCUUUCUCAGAAGACUUCUUCCUGCCUUCUGAGCAGGGGGAGUAUCACUCAGGGCCCUAAGUCACCAGCACCGGAGCCCAGCUACACUGUUUAAUCAUAUCUAUGCUAAGACUCACACAGUGGCUAUUUGUGGUCAGACACUGUACUCAGAGUGCCUGGAAAACAGAGCCUUUCCCUAGUCUGUUCUGGGUGUUGCCUGGGCCCCACUCCUCAGGCCAGAAGUGGCACAACUGUCCCUUUUCCAGCAGGGACUUUGAUUUUCUUUUGGAUCAUUAACAAAGAUGUUAACAAAGAUGAAGAUUAAACACCCAAUAAGCCUCCAUCAUUGUUAAGAGCAUUCCUAUGCCCAGAAUUUCUUUUUUGUUGUUGCUAUUGUCCCCAUCCUAAUCCUGAGACAGAAUUUCUUCUUGUAGCUCUAUGUAAGCAGGUGGAUGAGGUCAGGUCACCCUUGGGAAAGUGGGUCUCAGAAACAAGCAUGAGGUUUUCAGAGCUCAUGAAAAGCAAGUAGGAUUGAUUGGAGCCUCAUGCCAGAGUUCGUGCCCUUCCCAGAACACCAGUCAUACCACAGUUCCCUUCAGCCUCCAGACAGAAAGUGCUUGGUAAUUGGUACCUACAUGCAAAGUGUUUGUGUUGGGGGAUAGGGACUGUCACAGCUGAGAACAGGGAAAAAGAUGGUGUGAAAAAGACCUACUCCUUUCCUAUUCCCCUCUCCCCACACAUGCCCACUUUCCUGUUUCUCCAUUCACAAAACAGUACUACCACUUUAAAAUGCUUACUCUGGGCUGGGCACCUGUGGCUUAAGCAGCCAACCACAUGCACGUGAGCUGGCAGGUUCAAAUCCAGCCCGGGCACCAAACAACGACAACUACAACCAAAAAAUAGCUGGGCAUUGUGGCGGGUGCCUGUAGUCCCAGCUACUUAGGGGGCAGAGGCAGGAGAAUCGCUUGAACCCAGGAGUUGGAGGUUGCUGUGAGCUAUGAUGCCACCAUACUCUACCCGGGGCUACAGCUUGAGUCUCUGUCAAAAAAAAAAAAAAAAUGCUUACUCUGUGCUUCAAAUUACACUAAGUACCUGAGAAAUGUAUCUCAUUUCAUAUCUCAUGUGAGGUAGAGCCCAUUAUUAGUUUUUCUAUUUUAGGGCUGCAGAUGUUAUACAACUCAUUAAGGGUCACACAGCUAGCUACCACUCAGGCUCUGA